AAUGCUACAGUGAAAGUGAACACGAUGAUCCAGAAAUAACAGACACACCACCUCCCCCCUACACAGCUCAGCCACCACCUCCUCCUUUGGAUCAACAGAAGUCUUCUUUCACCUCGACUCUGUCAAGUGAAGCAUCUUGUUCUCUCUCCUCUCCUGAAAGCACUUUCAACUCCCAAGAGUCAUCUUCUUCCCUGGCUUCCAAAGUGGUUUAUUCCGAGAGGCAGUCUUGGCUUGACCUAGUUAACAGCUCUGCCACAGAAGAGGGUGAUCAACCUGUAACCUUCUGCGUACAGAUUCACUCUGAUGAGCUGCCAGAAGUAGACUGUGGAGAAGCAGCAGAAAUCCAGGAGGUCCGGCUUUCCAAACCCAGUGGUGGAUCCCAAAACUCUUUUUCAGGUCUGGAUACACAUUGUCUAGCUGUGCCAGAUGCAACAGGACAGAGAUCACUAGCCAAAGAUCAGGAAAAAUGUGAUGAUGAUGAGAUGGAGCGACUUUACAAGUCAUUAGAACAAGCAAGCCUGUCUCCCAUUGGUGAUCGCCGGCUGUCAACGAAGAAGGAGCUUAGAAAGUCAUUUAUCAAACGCAGCAAAAACCCCUCCAUUAAUGAGAAACUCCACAAAAUUCGAAUGCUGAACAGUACAUUGAAGUGUAAGGAACAUGACCUGGCCACAAUUAACCAGUUGCUAGAGGACCCGAAGUUGACAGCAAUGAAGUACAGAGAGUGGAGGAACACAAACAUCAUGCUGGUCCAAGAUAUUUAUCAGCAGCAGGAGGUCCAGGACAUGUCCACAGAGAAUAGCGAGGAGCAAGAGAUGACUCCACAGCCUAUUGCUGAAAGUGCUGUCUGA